AUGUUGAACCGUCCGGGCUUCUUGAUUCGACGACUUAUAACCCCCCAACGGUCGCAGCAGCCCAGGGAGAGGCAGCGCGAGGGCAACGACAACGACAAUGACAAUGGAAAUGACGACAACGAUUUUACUGAUUCUUGUGAGGAACUGAGUUCCUGCUGCGCCAAGAAGUCGACGCAAAGAAAGACGAGGGCCACAAAGUCACGGCUGCCCAUCCCCAAGAAGAAGCCUCCCGCGGCGGCGCCAAUCACCAUACAAGGGAUACACAGCGUCCAUCGCAUCUCGCAUCCAGUGCCUCCUCCCCCAGCUCACCGCAGUCAGUCCGUCUCGACAGUCUCCCUUCGCAGCUGUGAGGGGCAGCGAGCUGCUGCCCUUGACGCUCUCACGGGCAAUGUUCCCGCAAAUAGAAGGGCUGCAUCCGGCCUUUGUCUGGCAGAGGCACAGCACGGCCGAGCCCACUCACAUUCCUCACGGCAUGGACCGUACGCGCAACCUCCUCGCUCCAGGAAUGGGCGCCCCAGUCCUGCCAGUAGCGAUGCACACCUCUACAGAGAUUCGCCGCGGGCCCCAACGACUGUUUCUUUGUCUGACCACAGCGCUGAUCGCAACGAGGUUGGGCCAACCGACAGCCUGACCUCGCGCAGCAGAUAUGGCAGUCAAAGCUCGGGCGAGUCAUCAGACACUGUCGACCGCCUGAUCCGCGAGACGGAUGAAGCCUUCAUAGCUGUUGGCUCCGCACUUCGAGAUGCACGACAUGCCUCGCAAGGUUCUGCGCUGCUGCACACGCCCCCAUCACCGCCGUCACCACCUUCACCGCCUGGACUUCCUGCGCUUCACAAACACUCAAAGUCGAUGCCUCUACCGACGGGUUUCCCAAGGCAUCCCAGAUGGAGGGAGGAAUCAUCGUCGUCUCCGUCCCCACGAUCAUCACCCGACAGACGGGCCUCGGUGAAGAAACCUCAAAGAAAGAAGAAUCAUCACCAACACGGUGGCCAUAGUUUCUCGAAAUCACCAAUCCGAGCGCCACGAUGGACCCUGUCGGAGAAUGUGACAGACAUUCUAACGGGCCAGCGUUUCAGGCGGAUUGAGGCCGAUGAGAUGCUAACACCCGAUCGCAUUGAGGCGUUAAGAAGGAAGAGGGAAGAAGCGCAACAAUUGGACGAAGAGCGCCUGAAACAUCGAUACUCGAGCGACUCGGUCCGCAGUCUGGCAUCAGAUAACUCCGAGACAGACGUCGAACCAUUCCAUCUCGACGAACUGGCAUCUCGGAUUGGAGCGAGCGCUGUGGGGAACUCUGCGGCCUCUGCUCGGACAGCAUCUCCCUCGCUGACCCCUGAUUUGGAUCGUGGAAACCAAAACUUUUCGAAACAAGAGGGAGCGACGGGGGAUGAUGAGUCCAUCAAGAGCGUCAAGGAUAAAACGGAAGCUGUGGAAACUUCAGUCACACCUCAACUACCACCAAAGAACCCUGCACGAUUCGGAGUAGAGCCUCUACGAAAGCUCCCAUCAAUACCUGAAGUCAUGGUAACGACGCCUGAUAACACACAGCUGGAGCCGUCGACGAGCCGACAAAGCCUUGACAAGACGGACCUCAAGGCAGAAGAGAAUGACGAGUUCUUUUACCUCAAGAGCACGCCAUUCACGCUCACAAAACCUUCAUUCCGUCAUGGUCCCAUCGCAUUCGCAAAGUCCGAGAUGGUCAAGGGGAUCAAGACAAUGGACGACACGCUAGACUGGACAGCGUUCCAGAUGGCGAUUCUGGGAGGAGCUGGAGACUUACUGCAGGACAUGUCCAACGAAGAAGACAUGAAGCAGGUCGAAGAGAUCACGUCGUGGUUCGAAUCGUUCGGGUUCGAGACGUACGGAACGCUGGUGCCCGAGGACGUGCCGUCGAUGCGGUCCUCGUCCCGCAGCACGGUAUCGUCAACGCCGUCAACCAUCGACACGGACAUUGACCUGCCGAUCCCGGUGGGUGCUGAGUUUCCUUCCGGGUUCUGGAACGCCCCGGCCCCCAGCGACGCCCUGGACAUGGACAAGAAGGCUAAGUUCUUUAACAGCACAGGGCUAAAGCGAUGGGUGGGCGAAGGUCGCCCCAAGCGCCCUUCGUCGCACAGCUCGGUGGAAAGCUUACCACCGAGCCCGAUGAUGCCGCUCGUGGUUCAUAUGGCCGAUGGCGAAGACGAUACUACUACCACGGAGACGGUACCGAUGGGAUAUAAUCUGGGGCACGACCUGGGCGACUUUUUGCGGUGGGAGGCGGAAUAUGUGUGUGCUUCUGGGUUUAGCACGUCACCUUGA